AUGUGGGACCACAAGCCCGAGAACAACCCUGAGAAUUGGGGACGCUCGUGCCUGAUGGACGUCAAGCUCCUAUCGGCAUGCCGACAAGUCCAUUCCGAGGCACAUCUUGUUCCAUGCAGAAGCAAUGUCUUCACUUUCUUCCGUCUUUACCAGCCUGACAUUACGGUCCUCAAGGUUUUAUCGCCCGCACAGCGCGCAGCGAUCCGGUGUAUCUAUGUGAACGCAUGGCCGUUGGAAGAGGUCCGCAGGGCAUGCUCCUUGCUUCAUGGUCUUCGCCGGCUGCGGCAUGUUUCUUUCAAGCUCGCUAUCGCCGAGCUGAAUUCAGAGUCCGAUGAGACCCCCUGCGUCACGGAUUGCCAAGGGUUUGGUUUGUCUCCAAAAGCUCCCCCGUUCGCUCGGCAUGUUGAAGUUGUCAAUCGUUUUGAUGGCGUUGACACGUCUCGCCAUAGAUCUACUCUAGGAUUCCUCGAACUGGAUAUUUGUAUCUCGCCGAUCCUGCAAAGUUUCCCGGCGAAUGCUGGUCAUCGAUGCUGUCCAAUCCUUUGCUGGAAAUUGGUAGAGGUGCCGUGCGUUACUAUUGGACUAGAAGAAGUUCAUGUCAUGUUCAAUUGA